AUGAAACUCCUCCAAGAAGAAAGCCUGACCCAUCUAGUGGUCGUUCAGGCACAACAGCUACUACGACAAGUAAAUGGCUCCUUUCUUCGUCUAGCCUUAACUGUUGUCCUGGUGGUUGUCGGCGCCUAUCUAUACCUUAUCCCGAACAGCAUCAUAGACUCUCGAAGGAGGAAACUUCCACCUGGCCCGCGUGGCUGGCCCCUCAUUGGCAACUUAUUUGACCUAAGUGACUCAGAACUUGUACGGCAUCGGGUGCGAGAAUGGCAUCAGAAAUACGGAGAUGUCUUUUAUACCAAGAUCGGUACCACCGACUAUAUUUGGCUUUCGUCCCCAAAAGCCGUCAAGGACCUAAUGGACAAGAAGUCAGGCAUAUACUCGUCUCGACCUCAUCUUCCUUUAGCUCAAGAUGUUGCGAGUGGAAAGUCCCGUCAGCUCUUCAUGGCGUAUGGCCCAGAGUGGAGGAAUUUGCGAAAGCAUAGCCAUGCACUUCUCAACUUGAACACGUCCAACAAGUACAGACCUGUACAGGACUUUGAGUCCAAGGUAGUUCUUAAUGAUCUCCUUGAGCGCCCGGACCAGUUCUAUACGAUCAACCGUCGUUACUCGACAUCAGUCAUUAUGCUGGUCACUUAUGGCUUCAGGAUCCCCUCAUUUGAAGACCCAGUCAUCGCAAGGAUUUUCUCGGUACUUGAGAACCUGUCCGUCAUGUCUGCGCCAGGCGCCUUCGCCGUCGAGACACUACCAGGCUUGGCCAAACUACCACAAUGGCUUCUAGGUAAUUGGCGCUCGUGGGGAGAAAAAGCCUUUGCCCACGACAGCAAGAUCUACCUCGAGUUCUGGGAAACCUUGAAAAAGACUACAGACGAGGGUACAGCAAGAGAUUGUUUCUGCAAGGACUUUUACCUGAAUGACCCCAAGAAAAAUGGCAUCAAUGACUUACUGGCCGCUUAUACCUGCGGCGGAUUGGUAGAGGCUGGCUCUGAGACGACGGCGACAACCAUCAACAACUGGAUUUUAGCUAUGGCGCUGAAUCCAGAAGUCAUGAAGAAGGGUCAAGAGGAGCUUGAUCGUGUGGUAGGCAACGGAAGGCUACCUCAAUGGGAGGACGAACAGAAUCUCCCCUACAUCCGUUCCAUGAUCAAAGAGACACUCAGAUGGCGCCCAGUCAAUAAGUUUGGAAUGUACCACGCUUCGACAGAGGAUGAUUGGUACGAUGGCCAUUUCAUUCCCAAAGACUCGGUCGUUGUCCUAAACUGGUGGGCAAUACAGCGCGAUCCAAGCCGCUAUGAAGAUGCAGACAGGUUUGACCCCACGCGUUAUCUCGACAAGCACUUGUCUGCUGCGGAGCUCAUGAACGCCCAGAACCCCUACGAUAGGGAUCACUUCUCCUACGGCGCGGGAAGACGAGCAUGCCCUGGAGUUCAUCUUGCUGAGAAGUCCUUGUUCAUCGUCAUUUCUCGAACGCUUUGGGGCUUCAAUAUUCAGAAGAAGAUAACCGCUGAUGGAUCAGCGGUCAACCCCACCACAAAGAUGAUGCCUGGGUUUCUUAGUGUUCCUGAGCCUUUUGAGUGCGACAUUAUCUGCCGUUCCAAAGCGCAUCAGGAUGUUAUUAAAUCAGCUUUCGAAACCGUCAACCUCGAGGAUCUCAAUUUUCGUGCUUGA